UUGUAGGUUUUAGUACUGUUGAGGAUAUGAUCAGACAAAACGGAGAUGAAACGUCACAACCAGAUUUUUUCCUCAGGCAUGGAGUCAGUCUCUGGCACAUUGCCAGAAACCGAUGCCAAUACACGACCACUAGACUCCAGCAAUUUGGACGGCAAAACCAUGGACAAAGUAUACUACCAGUACCGAGAGAAACUCAUGAACCAGGGACGAUACAUUGACCCUGAAACGGAACUGGAGGCUGACAGUUUCGGGAUGGGUGUGGUUCGUAAAGAAAUGGACCUUACCAAUGAUGAAAAGCAAUACCUUCUGGCAGUAGAACGAGGAGAUGUUCCGUCAACUCGUCAGUUUCUCAGUAUGGGAGUCCAGACAGGACUCAAUGUGAACUGUGUAGACCCUCUGGGGCGAUCGGCACUACUCAUUGCCAUCGAGAAUGAGAAUAUAGAAAUGAUUGAAGUUUUGUUAAAUUAUAAUGUUGAGGUUGGAGACUCACUUCUCCAUGCUAUCAAUGAAGAGAAUGUAGAAGCUGUUGAAUUGAUACUAAACCAUGAAGUAGCCACUAAAGGAGAGGAGUCUCUUCAUCAGAGUGUUCCCUCCAGUUCAUUUACCCCCGAUAUCACCCCGAUAAUCCUGGCAGCUCACCGUGACAACUACGAAAUCAUCAAACUACUACUAGACCGGGGAUACCAGAUCCCCAAACCCCACAACAUCAAGUGUUACUGUAAAUCAUGCAUGGAUGGAAGUACCGAUGACAGUCUACGUCACAGUCGGUCGCGCAUCAAUGCUUACAAAGCACUAGCAAGUCCCUCCUUAAUCGCUUUGUCUAGUAAAGACCCUAUUCUGACCUCUUUUGAAUUGAGUUGGGAACUUAGAAGACUUAGCAAAUUAGAAAAUGAGUUUAAGUUGGAUUAUGAAAAAUUAGCCAAAAAGUGCCAAGAAUUUGCAGUGGAUUUGCUGGAACAGAUCCGUGGAUCCAAGGAGUUGGAAGUGAUCUUGAACCAUGAUACAACUAAUCCCGCCUACAACGAGGGAGGACAGGAGAUGGAACCUCGCGCUAGUGACAAGCUUAAGCUCAGUCGAUUAAAACUGGCCAUCAAGUUUAAACAGAAAAAGUUUGUAGCCCAUCCUAACUGCCAACAACUUUUAGCCUCUCUGUGGUACGAGGGCUUGCCGGGUUUCCGCCGACAUAAUAUCGUAUCCAGAUUGAUGAUAACAUUUUUAAUAGGACUCACUUUUCCACUGCUGUCAUUGUUUUAUCUGUUAGCACCCAAGAGUCGAUUAGGCAAACUUAUACGAAAGCCUUUUAUAAAGUUUAUAUGUCACAGUGCUUCUUAUAUUACAUUCCUACUUUUACUGAUUUUGGUGUCACAGAGGGUAGAGAUUCCUAUUCCUGGCUUAUCAACCAAAGUGGGGUCAGACAUAGAGAAGAUCAAGUUAGAACGAAGGGGUGCUCCAGCCACAAUGGUGGAAUGGAUGAUCUUGGCCUAUGUAGCUGGUCUAAUAUGGACCGAGAUCAAACAGCUUUGGGAUGAAGGAGCACAUGAUUAUGUCCAUGACAUGUGGAAUAUUCUGGACUUUGUUACGAAUUCUUUGUACAUAGCAACAUUUACACUUAGGUUAAUAGCUUAUUUACAGGUACAGAAAGAAAUAGAAGAAAAUAAACCAAGUGCACAACUAGAAAGAAAAGACUGGAAUGCCUACGACCCAAAUCUUAUAGCAGAGUCUCUGUUCGCUGCAGCCAAUAUAUUUAGUUCUUUGAAAUUGAUUUACAUUUUUACAGUGAAUCCCCAUUUGGGGCCCCUGCAGAUAUCUUUGGGUCGUAUGAUCCUGGACAUUAUGAAGUUUGCAGUGUUAUACGGGUUGGUGCUGUUUUCUUUUGCCUGUGGAUUGAAUCAUUUAUAUUGGUACUAUGCAACACUAAGAGAGAGGGAGUGUAGGGAGCAGAAUAUAGAGGAGUCCUGUGAUCGCAGAUACAAAAGAUUUGCCAACUUAUUUCAGAUUCUACAGACCCUGUAUUGGUCUAUCUAUGGCCUGAUAGAUCUGAACAAUGCAGAGCUACAGGAGAAGCACAUAUUCACUGAGUUUAUAGGAAAGCUGAUGUUUGGUUCCUAUAGCUGGAUAGCCUUAGUUGUUCUUCUGAAUUUGCUCAUAGCCAUGAUGAGUAACUCGUACCACAAUACAUCAAGCCAAGCAGAUGAAGAGUGGAAGUUUGCCCGGUCCAAACUAUGGAUGAGUUAUUUUGAGGACAGUGGAACACUCCCUCCUCCAUUUAACAUCAUACCAAGCCCCAAAUCCUUCAUUUAUCUAAUUUUGUGGUUUAAAAAUAAUCUGUGUUCAUGCUCUCUCAACCAGACAAGUAACAGAUGGCAAAGUAUACGAAAAAUUGUAAAGAAAAUUAAUGAAAAAGAAAUUAGGUAUCAGCGUGUUAUGAAAGACUUGAUAAAAAGAUACAUCAUGCAAAAGCAAAGAGGUCCACUUAGGGGGGAGGGUGUCACAGAAGACGACGUACAAGAAAUCAAACAAGACAUAUCCUCUUUUAGAUAUGAACUGCUUGAAAUAUUACGCAAUAACGGAAUGCGAACUCCGAACCCCAACCAGCCAAAACCAACCAGUAAGAAGAUGCGUUAUUGGAAACAACUCUGUGGGGGGCUCUCAGAGAGUUUUGAUUCCACACAGAGUCAAAAUGGCUUCCCUAUGGAUUAAGCACACUUUCCUUUUAUAUCAGUGUUUAUCAAAGCAAUCCAAUGCUUUUCUUCUCUUUUCCUCUCUAGCCUUAAGGGCUACCAUAUGGAUGCAAAAAGUUGUCAGAGAGAAAAGAAAGUGUUCUUCCAUGUUUUUGUAAACAGCAUUAUAUUUUUCUCCAGUAUUCACAUGGUAGUCCAUUUUCCAUACAAGAUCUCUCUGUAGAAUUGAUGUACUUAUGUUAUCUGGCAGUCCAAAUGUUUCCGUCAUGUUUGAAUCCUUGUUUUUUGUUUGGGGACAACAUGCCAGAUGACAUUUUCUUCCUCCAUUUUGUUACCAUAGUGAUGUUGUGGCUAUAAGAAUCACUGCAGUGCUUGAAUGUAACUGUUGUCUUCCAUAAUUUGAUGGUCAUGUAGUUUACACACAACUUUUUUUCUGUGAUUUUUUUUUUUCAAUGUGAUCCAAUGAUAUAAGCGACAGUUUUAUUAAAGUCCCCAAGCACUUGGACGACAGCUGAUGGGAAAUAUAAGGACUGG